AAGAGCAGCUCUGACCUGGGCAGACUUCCUGGGAAGAUGCAGCUUCACCUGCUCCUACUAGCCUUCCUUCUGGUCUCUGGAGCAGAGACAGGGGAUAUCAUCGGGGGACAUGAGGCCAAGCCCCACUCUCGCCCCUACAUGGCAUUUCUUCAGUUCUCGAAGGCAAAUAUUCAGAGUAUCUGUGGUGGUUUCCUGAUCCGAGAGGACUUCGUGCUGACAGCUGCUCACUGCUGGGGAAGCUCCAUAAAUGUCACCCUGGGGGCCCACAACAUCAAGGAGCAGGAAAAGACUCAGCAGAAAAUCCCUGUGAGAAGAGCCAUCCGCCACCCAGACUAUAAUGAGAAGACUAUUUCCAAUGACAUCAUGCUGCUGCAGCUGAAGACAAAAGCCAGCCUGACUGCAGCUGUGCGCCCACUCCGCUUGCCCAGGAAAAAGGUCCAGGUGAGACCAGGGCAGGUGUGUAGUGUGGCCGGCUGGGGCCGAGUGUCAGUGGAUACCUCAACAAACAGGCUGCGUGAGGUGGAGCUCACUGUGCAGAAGGACCAGGAGUGUGAAUCCCGCUUCCCCAAUUACAGUAGUGCCUGUGAGAUGUGUGUGGGGGACCCGAAGAAAAAGAUGUCUUCCUUUAAGGGCGACUCUGGGGGUCCCCUUGUGUGCAACAAUGUGGCCCAGGGCAUUGUCUCCUAUGGAAAAAAUACUGGGAUUCCACCACGGGUCUUCACCAAAGUCUCCCGUUACCUGCGCUGGAUAAAGAAAACCACAAAACGCCUCCAAUUGCAGGAAUCAAACUGA